CUUUGAGAUAUUUUCUACCUUGAGUCGUAUUCCCUCCGAGUGGCGGAGGGAACUUCCCAUCGCUUCCCUGGUUCUGGGGGAAGGUUGUGAUGUUGCACUUGUGAUGGCGCCGCGCUUGUUUAGCUUCUUCCCAGAACGCCGGUCCAGAUGGUGUCUGACUUGGUCUCCUGUAUUUUCAGUCGUGAUAUUAACACUGCUUCAGUUUGCAAUGGGGCCAGCUGGAGGAUUUGGACUGGAAGACAAAAACAAUGUGGAUAGUGCCAAAGACGUGCCUUUGUACAGUAACAUUCGAUUGCCUGCUGAACAUAUUCCUUAUUUUCUACACAAUAACAUAGAUAUAGCUAUUAGUUGUGAGAAAGACUCUCUCUGUCCAUUUAAGAAACACUUGAGAGAGCUGGAAUCUUGCUGGGGUUAUGAAAAGAAUUGCAAGCCAGAAUACAGAUUCAGUUACCCAGUGUGCUCUGAAGCUGCUUCAGGAUGGGCCAACACAAUAGAGGGAGCAGAGGAGAUUUUUUGGAAGCAAGGCGAUUUUGGUUAUGUGAAAGGAAUGCUUCAUGAGAUGAAAACACUGUGUGAACCAAUCAAAUCAGGUGAUUCUUUCCUGGCAUGCACAAAAUACACUCGUUAUUGUAGAGCUUCUAACCUCUACAUUGAUUUGAGAAACCCAAGAAGGAACACAGAUAGAUAUAAGGAAGAUUUUCUUCAAGAGGGUGAAAUUGGGGGCCAUUGUAAAUUGAACAAGGAGGUGUUGAUGGCUGAAGGAGAGCAUAAGAGUCCUCUGCAGUCCUGGUUUGCUGAAUUACAAACAUAUUCUCAACUGAACUUUCAACCGAUGGAGUAUGGAAAUUGUGACCUCAUUAUUGAAAAGCCAACCUACUUCAUGAAGUUAGAUGCAGGUGUCAAUAUGUAUCAUCAUUUCUGUGAUUUUAUUAAUCUCUAUAUUUCCCAACACAUCAAUAAUUCUUUUAACACCGAUGUGAAUAUCGUGAUGUGGGAUACUAGUUACUACGGUUAUGGUGAUUUAUUUAGUGAUACCUGGAAAGCAUUUUCUGAUUACAGCAUUAUACAUUUAAAAUCAUUUGAUCAAAAACGGGUAUGUUUCAAGGAGGUAGUCUUUUCACUACUCCCGCGGAUGCGCUAUGGAUUAUUUUACAACACACCUUUGGUGCCUGAUUGCCUCAGCAUGGGAAUGUUUAGAGCAUUUUCACAGCAUGUUCUGUUUAGAUUAAAUAUUACACAAGAUAUUCCAGUGAUUGGAAAAAUUCGUAUUACAUUCCUGGUUCGCAGCACUCAGUACCGCAGAAUUUUAAAUCAGGAUGAGCUGGUGAAAGCUUUGAAGACAGUGUCGGUGUUUGAUGUCAGAGUGGUGGAUUACAAAGACAUUGGGUUUUCAGAGCAGCUAAAAAUAACAUACAAUUCGGAUAUUUUUAUCUCUAUACAUGGAGCUGGACUGACUCACCUGCUUUUUCUACCUGACUGGGCUGUCAUUUUUGAACUGUAUAAUUGUGAAGAUGAUCGUUGCUAUUUGGAUUUAGCUCGGCUUCGGGGAAUACACUAUAUGACUUGGGAGAAAGCUGACAAAGUGAUACCUCAAGAUAAGGGACAUCAUCCAACACUUGGGGAUCAUCCGAAGUUUACUAACUAUUCUUUUGACGUGACCGAAUUUAUGCGUCUGGUGAUGUCUGCUGCACAGAAAGUAACACGGCAUCCGAAAUGGCCUUUCACACAGUAUCACAAUGAAUUAUGACAAAAUGUGGAAGUUAUGUUUUGUUGGCGAAUUUUAAAAUGACUGAUCACUUUUUAGAUACACUUGUGAAGACGGAUAAGAUUUUCUUAUUGUUAGAUGUACUGUAUUAAAUACAUUUCUUGUGUGUAAGAUAUUCAUAGUCAGAAUAAAAUCUCUCUGAAAGUAGGCCAGUUCUUUAAAUAUCAGUUUGUACCAUUAGAUAUUAGAAUUUUAAGUGUAAACCUGUUUGCAGUAUGUAGUAUUGAUUUGAUUUGACUUGUUUUUAUGCACUCCCCUCCAUUUUUCUAUAUUAAUACAUCCAAAGGAGUUUGUUAUUGUCUGGAUAUUCUGCUGCUCAUUUUGAAUGAAACAAGUAAUUAUUGAUUAUCAAAGUCAUAGGUCAAUGUGGUUUUGAGGAAAGUCUUAAUGAGAGAAAGAGAUUUGGAGUUUUUAAGGAGGGAAUUUCAAAGAAUGGGAAUGAUGACAAAAGACAUGACUAUGUGAUUGGGGUGGGUAAGGCUGUCAGGGAGAAGUUUUUUGUUUGUUUGCAAAGAUCAGUGUAAUAGGAACAGUCUGUUCUGCAACAAGUCAGAAGGAUAAGGUUAGCUAUGAUCAUGAAACAAUUUAAACAAAAGGGAGAUUGUUUGAGAAAUCGAAAGACUGUGAAGUUAAGGAAGGGGUGGUCGUGGGGACUGUUACAGAAUACUAAAUAGGGAUAAGAUGAGGUAGCAUUUUCAGAGAAUUGCAAAUGACUUAGAGAGUGAAAAAGGAUCUAGUGCUUUCCUGGCAUAUAUGACAAAUAAACUCUUCUCAGGCCUCCUUAAUACCUGUACCCGGCUGGAAGCCCGAGCAGAGUUUAUUUGACUUGGAGAGCUUUGAAAUACCUCAGUCUGGAAAUGACCAAGAACAGGAUUAGAAAUGAAGCCGUAGAUGACCUUCAGCAGAUGAAUGUUGAUGGGCACAGGGAUGCUGCAGGUAAUGCUACUACAUUUCCAAGGUUCAAUCCUGAUUUCUGACAUUUGUCUGUGUGGAGUUUGCAUGUUCUCCUGUCGACUGUGUGCAUAUUCCUUGAGUGCUCUGGUUUCAUCCCAUGUCCCGAACAUGAGUGUGGUAGGUUAAUUGUUUUCCAUAAAUUGCCCACACUAUUGGUAAGAGAGUCAUGCUGAUCAUGAUGGAGUUAAUGGAAAUAUAAGAGGGAAAAGCGUACAGGGAAAUAUGUGGGGGAUGGGACUGGUUGGAAUGCUCUGAGAGCUGGCGUAGACUUGGAAGCAGCCACGUAGCUAUAAUGGUUGGAGGUAAGAAGUAUUUCUAGCUUGGUGGUGUAGUGGCAUCCACACUGGACUUCGAGGUGAGUGGUCCUGGGUUCAAAUCCGGCCGGCUCCUUGCACGCUUUCCAUCCAUGCUGGGUUGAGCAUUGAGCUAGCAACUUCACCUCGUUAAAAGCAGAUAAAUGCUAAAGCAAUGGUAGACUUGCCGCCCGAUGUGCCACAAGGCACGGAGAGAAACAUCAAAAAGUAUUUAGUCAUCUGACUGGGACAGAGGUAGAAUUGGUGAUCGUUUGAGGAAUAGGAUGCAAAGAUGAUUGUUACAAUCUUGUCAUCAUUUAGCUAAUUCCAAAAGGGGGUUUGUUUAAAUUAUUUAAGAGCACAGGGUCAAAAUAGCAGUGAAAAUUCAUGGCUGAAUGUCAUCAGUAUAUACUUAGAAACCAAAACCAUAUUUAGUGGAAUCUGGUUAACUGGGGCAAUAGUUAAUUUGGGAGAACUCCUAAAGAACAAAAACUAAAUGAAGAAAAUAGCCAGGAUGUGCUGCUUAACUGGUGUAGGAGACUGUUGCCGUAUAGUUUCUAACUAGCAGCAGUUGAGUGCACUUGCGUAGUUGUUAGACACUACACUGUGCUUAGAGCGAUAACUUUAAAUAGUGUCAGUUAUGUGUGCUUGUGUUCAAAAAGCAGUGAUUUUUCUCACUGAUUGUUGGAGAGAGAUCAGCAGUAAGACAAUUCAGAAUGGUUGUGCUCACCGCGGUUUCAAGCUUUCAGGCUUAGAGAUGCUAGAAACAGCCGGGAGUGAGUUAGGAAUUAUGAAGGUUAUCAACAAUCACCGUGAAUGUUACAACUAAGUCUACUAUCUGCACUAGGUGUCUACAGUAAUUUUGUUCAUUUACAGUCAAUCAAAAGGGAUUACUUCCUCUGAUAACUAUUAGGAAUUAAUUCAAGUUUUAUAGUAAUGUAGAGGUAUUGGUAGUGUUCUUAUUUGUUCUGUAUUUAAUUUAAAUACAAAAAUGUUUACCGAGUUAAACAGUAGUUUGUCUUUUUUAUACUUUUUAACCAUUUCCAGGAGAUCUUGGGUGUUUGGUGCAGCCACUUAAUUGGUCCUAAUGUGCCCCAAUUAACUGGAAUUUACUGUAAUGUGGUUUAUAUGACCAAGAGGAAGGAAAUGAAGCACUAACGAUAAUCCCAAAGGGAGUUUGAGAGCUGUCUGGAAAUGAAAAUUGAAGCUCUUGCUAGAUACAUGAAUGGAGUUAGGUCA